AUGCUUUCUGCAACCCCCCUGUAUGGGAACGUGCACAGCUGGAUGAGCAGCGAGCGGGUCCGCAUGUGCGGGAUCAACGAGGACAGGAAAAUUCCUGUAAAUGACGGUGACGCUUCAAAGGCCAGACUGGAACUGAGGGAAGAAAAUCCCUUGAACCACAACGUGGUGGACGCGACCACUGCCCAUCGGAUCGAUGGCCUGACGGCGCUGAGCAUGGACCGCACGGGCCUCAUUCGGGAAGGGCUGCGGGUCCCAGGCAACAUCGUGUACUCCAGCCUGUGCGGUCUGGGCUCCGAGAAGGGCCGGGAGGCCGCCACCAGCUCCCUCAGCGGGCUUGGGUUUUCUUCCGAAAGAAACCCAGAGGUGCAGUUCAAGCCCAACACCCCCGAGACGGUGGAGGCCUCCGCCGUCUCAGGAAAAGCCCCCAAUGGCUUCAGCGCCAUCUACAAGACGCCCCCCGGAAUACAAAAGGGCGCCGUGCCCCCCGCGGAGGCCCUGGGCUUGGACAGGCCGGCAGGCGACAAGCAGAGCCCUCUCAACAUCAACGGUGCUAGCUACCUGCGGCUGCCCUGGGUCAACCCCUACAUGGAGGGGGCCACGUCAGCCAUCUACCCCUUCCUGGACUCGCCCAACAAGUACCCCCUGAACAUGUACAAGGCCUUGCUACCUCAGCAGUCCUACAGCCUGGCCCAGCCGCUCUACUCCCCGGUCUGCACCAACGGGGAGCGCUUCCUCUACCUGCCGCCGCCCCACUACGUCAGCCCCCACAUCCCCUCGUCCCUGGCGUCGCCCAUGCGGCUCUCCACGCCCUCGGCCUCCCCGGCCAUCCCCCCGCUGGUCCACUGCACCGCCGACAAGAGCCUGUCCUGGAAGAUGGGGGUCAACCCCGGGAACCCCAUCGAUUCCCACGCCUACCCCCACAUCCAGAACAGCAAGCAGCCCCGGGUGCCGUCCGCCAAGCCGGUCAGCAGCGGCCUGCCCGGGGAUGCGGCGCUCCUGCUGCCGCCCUCGCCGCGGCCGUCGCCCCGAGGCCACCUGCCCUCGCAGCCCGCGGUGGACUACGCGGAGUUCCACAAGCACUAUGCCCGGAUCUCCACGUCUCCCUCCAUCGCCCUGUCCAAGCCAUACAUGACAGUCAGUGGAGACUUCCCUGUGGGCAGGCUCUCCAAGUACCAGAAGGCGGCAGAGGGGGCCGACAGCGCGCAGCCGGUGCCCGGGCACACCCGGAAAACAGCGGCCCAGGACAGGAAAGACGGGGGCUCCCCGCCUCUCCUGGAGAAGCAGACCAUUACCAAAGACGUCACCGAUAAGCCGCUGGACUUGUCGUCGAAGGUGGUGGACGCGGAUGCGUCCAAGGCCGAGCACAUGAAGAAGAUGACGCCCACGGUGCUGGUCCACAGCAGAGCCGCGAGCGGCCUGGUGCUGGCGGGGGGCGACAUGCCCAAGGAGACCUUGUCCCCGCCGGGGGGCGGCUGUGCCCUCUACAGAUCCGAGAUCAUCAGCACGGCGCCCUCGUCCUGGGUGGUGCCCGGACCCAGCCCCAACGAGGAGAGCGGCGGCAAGGGGCUGUCGCUCAAAAACAAGGCGCUGGACUGGGCCAUCCCUCAGCAGCGCAGCUCCUCGUGCCCUCGCAUGGGUGGCACGGACACCGUGGUCACCAACGUGUCGGGGGCAGUGUCCAGCGCAGGCCGCCCGGCCUCCGCGUCGCCGGCCCCCAAUGCCAAUGCCAAUGCCGAUGGCAGCAAGACCAGCAGGAGCUCCGUGGACACCACGCCGUCCGUCAUCCAGCACGUGGGCCAGCCUCAGAGCACGCCCGCCAAGCACAGCGGGGCCAACGGCAAGGGCGUCAAAGCCAGCAACCCAGACUCGAGCUUCAAAGCGAGCGAGAACGGCCUCCCGUCCAGCUCCAUCUUCCUCUCUCCAAACGAGGCGUUCAGGUCCCCCCCCAUCCCCUACCCCAGGAGCUACCUCCCCUACCCGGCGCCCGAGGGCAUCGCUAUCAGCCCCCUCUCCUUACACGGCAAGGGACCCGUGUACCCUCACCCGGUUCUGCUGCCCAACGGCAGUCUCUUUCCCGGGCACCUGGCCCCCAAGCCCGGCCUCCCCUACGGGCUGCCCACCGGCCGGCCGGAGUUUGUGACCUACCAGGACGCGCUGGGGCUGGGCAUGGUGCACCCCAUGCUCAUCCCUCACACGCCCAUAGAGAUCGCCAAGGAGGAGAAGCCGGAGAGGAGGUCCCGGUCCCACGAGAGAAGCCGCUACGAGGACCCGACCCUCCGCAGCCGCUUCUCCGACGUGCUGGAAGCCAGCAGCGCCAAGUUACACCCCGACGUUCCCACCGACAAGACCCCGAAGCCCAGCCCCAGCUGGAGUCAGAGCAAAACUGUCAUCAAGAGCGACAAGCCCGUCUACGUGGACCUCCUCCGGGAAGAGGCAGACACUAAGCCUGACACAAGCGUGUCCAAAGCCGCCUUUGCAGGCGACGGCAUCGGCCAGGCCGCCGAGCCCGCCAAGCCCCCGGCCGACCCGGCCCUGCAGUCGCACCGCGACUUCCUGGCCCUGAGAGAGGAGCUGGGCCGCAUCGGUGACUUCCACGAGGCCUAUGGCUUCAAGCAGGCCGCGGGCCAGUCCGUCUUCGGCUUGGGCAAGGAGAGCCCUGCAGCGGGCACCAAGGAGAGCCUGGGGGGGCCGGUCUCCACCUCGUUCCUGGACCCUACCCUGGGGAGCGAGGGCCCCGCUGUAACUUUCGGUAAAACCCAAGAAGACCCCAAACCGUUUUGUGUGGGCGGUGCCCCACCCAGUGUGGACGUCACCCCCAUCUAUACCAAAGAUGGAGCUGAUGAGGCAGAAGCAGAUGGCAAAGUGCUGAAGCCGAAGCCAUCGAAGCUGGCCAAGAGAAUCGCCAACUCCGCCGGUUACGUGGGUGACAGGUUCAAGUGUGUCACCACCGAACUGUAUGCAGAUUCCAGCCAGCUGAGCCGGGAGCAGCGGGCCCUGCAGAUGGAAGGAUUACAAGAGGACAGUAUUUUAUGUCUACCCGCUGCUUACUGUGAGCGUGCAAUGAUGCGCUUCUCAGAGUUGGAGAUGAAAGAGAGAGAAGGUGGCCACCCAGCAACCAAAGACUCCGAGGUGUGCAAGUUCAGCCCUGCCGAGUGGGAGAGCCUGAAAGGAAAUCAGGACAAAAAGCCAAAGUUGGUCGCCCUGGAGGAGGCCAUUGCUGACCAGAAUGACAGUGAGAGAUGUGAAUACGGUGUUGGCAACAAACACGACCCCUUCGAGCCCCCGGAGAGCAAGGACCUGUCCCUGGAGUCGUACUUCGUGGACAGGCCUACCUUGGGCGAGCCCCUCAGCGAGCAGGCAGCCGCCGACGUGCCGGGCAGCCCCGCCCUGCAGCUGGACAGGAAGCGCAAGGCCUCGGGUGACAGCACCCUCGCCGAGGCCCCCGGAGAGGAGCUGUCGGAGGACCCGCUGCUGAAAGCCAAGCGCAGGCGGAUCUCCAAAGGGCUGCAUCCUAAAAAGCAACGCCACUUGCUGCACCUUAGAGAACAGUGGGAGCAGCAGGUGUCGGCAGCUGAGAGCAAACCUGGCCGGCAGGGCAGGAAGGAAGUGACCCAGGCCACUCAGCCUGAGGCCACUGCCCAGGGCAAUAGCCUCUCCGAAGAGAAGCCCGGCAGGAAAAGGGCAGAGACCAAAGGCAACAGGAGCUGGGCGGAGGAGGCCCUCACGUCCAGUGACAAUGAGCAAGGUCUGCCUGUGUUCGCGGGCUCUCCGCCCAUGAAGGGCCUUUCAUCCACCAAUGCGAGCGGCAAAAGGCAGGCUCAGCCAAGCUGCACGCCAGCCUCGAGGCCGCCUGCCAAACACCCGAAAAUUAAAGAAAACCCGAAGACAGAUGUGCUGUGCACGGACGAGGAGGAGGACUGCCAGGCCGCGCUGCUGCACAAGUACACCGACGGCGGCGAGAAGCCGUCGGGGAAGAGGCUGUGCAAGACCAAGCACCUGAUGCCCCAAGAGCCGCGCCGCAGCCUGCCGGUGCCCGGGGACUACUACGUGGACAAUAGUGAUGGCAAGGUGACCGUCAGGAGAGUCCGAAAGCGGCCCGAGUCCAGUUCCGACUACGAUCUGUCCCCGGCCAAGCAGGACCAGAAGCCCUUUGACCGUUUGCAACAGCUGCUGCCGGCGACGCAGUCCGCCCAGCUGCCCCGCUCCAGCUCCCCUCCCGAGGCCACGCAGUCGCGCCCCAUGCCCCCCGAGGCGCGGAGACUUAUUGUCAAUAAGAACGCGGGCGAGACCCUCCUGCAGCGCGCGGCCCGCCUGGGCUACGAGGAGGUGGUCUUGUACUGCUUGGAGAACAAGAUUUGUGACGUGAAUCACCGCGACAAUGCCGGAUACUGUGCCCUGCAUGAAGCCUGUGCCAGGGGGUGGCUGAACAUUGUGCGACACCUUCUCGAAUACGGUGCUGACGUCAACUGCAGUGCCCAGGACGGAACCAGGCCCCUCCACGAUGCAGUUGAGAACGACCACCUGGCGAUCGUCCGCCUGCUGCUCUCCUAUGGUGCUGAUCCCACUUUGGCUACGUACUCAGGUAGAACCAUCAUGAAGAUGACGCACAGCGAACUCAUGGAAAGGUUUUUAACAGACUAUCUGAAAGACCUACAGGGCCGCAGCGACGAGGACUCCAGCAGCUUCUGGGAUUUCUACGGCAGCUCCGUGUGCGAGCCUGAUGAUGAAAGUGGCUAUGAUGUGCUGGCGAACCCGCCGGGGCCAGAGGAUCUGCAGGAGGAUGAUGAGGCCUGCAGUGAUGUGUUCGAAUUUGAGUUUGCGGAAAGCCCCCUCCUGCCGUGUUACAAUGUCCAAGUGUCCGUCGCUCAGGGGCCCCGCAACUGGCUGCUGCUGUCGGACGUGCUGAAGAAGCUGAAAAUGUCCUCGCGGAUAUUCCGCUGCAACUUCCCCAACGUGGAGAUCGUCGCCAUCGCCGAGGCCGAGUUCUACCGGCAGGUUGCAGCGAGCCUCCUGUUCUCCUGCCCCAAAGACAUGGAGGCCUUUAACCCCGAGAGCAAGGAGCUCCUGGAUCUGGUGGAGUUCACGGGGGAGCUGCAGAGCCUGCUGGGCUCCACCGUGGAGUGGCUGCACCCCAGCGACACGGGCUCGGACGACUACUGGUGA